AUGAAAUUUUUCAUUUGUUUAUUAGCUUUAACGGUAGUAGUUAACACAGAAGCUGGAUUCUCUGCCGGUCAUCCAGGAGGAUACGCGCGCGGUGCAAGCUAUGGUCAUGUUGGUGGGCACGGUAUUUCGCAUGCUCAUCAUACUAAUUUACAUGCUGGCGGUGGUUUCGGUGGUGUACAUGGAGGUGGAUUUGCGGGAGGCCAUCAUGGCGGUCCACAAGUUAUUAAAGUAAUUGUUAUUAAAGAACAGCCAAUAGGUGGAUAUGCUGGUGGACAUCAUGGUGGAUUUGCAGGUGGCCAUGGUGUUGGGGUUGCAAGUGGCCAUGGUGGUGGAUUUGUAGGCGGACAUGCAGGUGGUUAUGGUGGUGGAUUUGCAGGCGGACAUGCAGGUGGACACGCUGUUGGCCAUGAAUCUGCUGUAGUCAGUCAUGGAGCAGGUGUAGCAGGUCACAGUGCAGGAGGAUUUGGUGGUUUAGGUGGACUAGGAGGUGGAGCAGGUGGUAUCGUUAAUGGUAUUUUAGGAAAAGUUGUUCAACUUAAACAGAGCAUAUUGGGAGGAAUACAAGGAAAAUAG